GGCGGCGGCGGAGGCAGGCGGAGGAGGUGAUGGCGGCCAAGUCGGACGGCAGCGGCGCCGGCAUCGGCUUCGCCCAGCUGCACAACCUGGACGACCACCACCACCACCAGCAGCAGCAGCAUCCCUCCGCCGCCGCCGCCGCCGCCACCGCGGCGGGCCGGGGCGUCUGCGGCGGCGGCGGCGGCGGCGCGGGGGGGGGCUCGGAGGACGAGGCCGGCGGCAGCAGCUCCGUGCACAUUUGCCAUUGCUGCAACACGUCAUCGUGCUACUGGGGCUGCCGGAGCGCCUGCCUGCGGAGCCUGCUGGGCCGGGCCGGGGGGGCGGCGGGGGGCCGGGGAGGCGGCGGCGGGGCCAGCGACCCGCUGGCGCCGGAGGGUGGCGGGGGGGACGGGCAGCCCCCCUCGCCGUCGGUGGUGGCGGCGGCGGGGGUGGAGCGGCCGUGGCUGGACUGCCUGUGGAUCGUGCUGGCGCUGCUGGUGCUGCUGGGCGACGUGGGCACCGACCUCUGGCUGGCCCUGGACCACUACGGCCGGCGGGACUAUCUAUGGUGCGGCCUCACGCUGGCCUUCGUCCUCCUGCCCUCCGUCCUGGUGCAGAUCCUCAGCUUCCGAUGGUUCGUGCAAGACUACACCGGAGGAGGCCUGGGGGCCGUGCAAGGCCUCACCAGCCGCGGGCCUCCCAUGAUGGGCUCCGUCGGAGGGGGCAGGAGGGUCGGGCCGGGACAUCACGCCGGCGGCGCCCCUGGAGCGCAGCGCCUCUGCAGGCUCUCCGUCUGGAUCUGGCAGUCCGUCAUCCACCUGCUGCAGAUGGGACAGGUCUGGAGAUAUAUCCGAACCAUGUACCUGGGGAUUCAGAGCCAGAGGCAAAAGGAACACCAGCGGCGCUUCUAUUGGGCUAUGAUGUACGAGUAUGCAGACGUCAACAUGCUACGCCUCUUGGAGACUUUCCUGGAGAGCGCCCCCCAAUUGGUGCUACAGCUCUGCAUAAUGAUCCAAAAGAACCGUGCAGAAACCUUACCAUGUCUUUCCUCUGUGGCCUCCCUGAUGUCCCUGGCUUGGGUGCUAGCCUCCUAUCACAAGCUUCUCCGGGACUCUAGGGAUGACAAGAAGAGCAUGAGCUACAGAGGGGCCCUUAUCCACCUCUUCUGGCGCCUCUUCACCAUCUCAUCCAGAGUUAUCUCUUUUGCCCUCUUUGCUUCCAUCUUCCAGCUCUAUUUUGGGAUCUUUGUCGUGGUCCACUGGUGCGCCAUGGCCUUCUGGAUCAUCCAUGGCGGGACAGACUUCUGCAUGUCUAAAUGGGAGGAGAUUCUCUUCAACAUGGUGGUAGGGAUCGUGUACAUUUUUUGCUGGUUUAAUGUCAAGGAAGGGCGGACCCGAUACCGAAUGUUUGCCUAUUACACCGUAGUCUUGACAGAGAAUGCUGCCUUGACGCUCCUUUGGUAUUGUUACAGAGAUCCCGACACCACUGACUCAUUCGCUGUGCCAGCGCUUUGUUGCGUUUUUCUUAGCUUCGCUGCCGGGAUAGCACUGAUGCUCUUAUAUUACGGCAUCCUGCAUCCCAUGGGGCCGAAAGCUAAGAUUUUUGCCAGCUCCUGUUGCGCCGAGCUGCUCUGGGGCAUUCCUUUGCCCCCUGAUGUUGAACCCAUGGCUCCCCAAACCCCUGGGUACCGGGCGGCCCAGGCUACGCCGACCAGAGCGGCCACGGAGCAACAGGAGGAACUCACGGCUGACACUUGCCUGCCAGUUUUCCAAGUGAGAGCAAUGGUGCCAUCAACUCCAUCUGGGCGACCCUACCACCCUGAAGGCCCGCUCAUUAAGAUAGAUAUCCCGAGAAAGAGGUACCCGGCUUGGGACGCUCAUUUUGUAGACAGGAGGUUGAGAAGGACUAUAAACAUUCUCCAGUAUGUCACCCCCACCGCUGUAGGAAUUAGAUAUAGAGAUGGACCUCUCUUGUAUGAAUUGCUACAGUAUGAAUCUUCACUUUAAAAGCUCCUUUAAACUCACACACACACACAUACAUGCACUCUCACAAGUGAAAAAAAAAUAAAAGAGGGGAUUUGGGGCUGGGAAGGGGUGGAUGGGUUAAUUGUUUACGGUCAACACAGAUCAUGAAACUAACCUUCCAAUAAGUUUUCUUUCUGGUUGCUGUAUGUAUUUUAAAAAAAGAAAGAACGAUCCUCUAUGUUUUGUAAGUAAAAACAAAAAGAAAAACUUUCUUUUGAUUUUUACACACAGGAGAAAAAAAAACCCAACUAGUAUUUCAAACUUCCAUGCUUCAGGGGCUGGAAAAAGCUGAACGGCUCCACCUCUGAGUUUUAUACCUUACACCAAGUGUAGGACAUUAUCAUAGGGAUUGGUGCUGAUUGAAAAUAAUAAUAUUACUAAUAAUAAAAAAUAAAACAAACAAACAAAAAAAACCUACAACUGCCUUAUGCCCUUAGGUGCUGAGUUUCAUUAUGUACUGUCACCUCCCUCAUGCAAAACUCUUUGGUGAUUUUAAUGACAGAAAUAUAUAUAUAAAUAUAUAAAUAUAUAAUAUAUAAAAUAUAUAUAUAUUUAAAAUAUGAAACUAGACAAAAAAAGCAACAGAUGAAAAGGAAUCUAAGUGCUCUGAUUAGA